CUCGUCUCUUCAAAACAUUUCCUACCACAUGAGGAAGACCUCCUCUCAGGGAAGGGAGAAAUCCAGACACCCGGAAGUACUUAGCAUUCGAGCAGGGAUCUUGCUCUCGGUUCGCCUGCCCCCUGGUUACUUUGCAUAGCCUUGUCCCCUCGCUCUUCCAAUCUUUUCCCUCGUUACUUCUGCUCACUUUCCAUCUCGCCCAAAUUCACCCUUUCUCUGUGCAGCUUCGAAAUAUGACUGAAGAAAGCUCUAACAGUUGCAUUGCAUGUGGCUGGUCACCUGCAAAGCAAAAGCUGUGCCGCUAUUCUAGCCAUGUCAAGCUCAUCUACGGCGCUUCCAACCGGGGCGUAUGGUCGAUCGGCUCUGAUUUGAUUUUGAAAGAACGCCCUGACGAAGGUCCAAAAGCCGAAGUGAAGAUACUCAGCGAACUUGCAGCCCACAACGAUAUACCAGCUCCAAAGCUCGUGCGUGACUGGGUCGAUCGCGAUGGGCGAUACUUUGUUCUGGAGGAACGCAUAGACGGGCAAACGCUGGAGGAGGCAUGGCCUUCGUUGUCGGAAUCUCAGAGAUUGGUUAUCGCAGAUCAAGUGGUUCAAGUUCGCAACCAGCUCAGAAAGCUCACAUCAACUGCCAUCCAAGGCGUUGAUCACGGUCCAUGUUUUCCAGCAUUACUCUUUUUCGAUUAUAAACCACGUGGACCUUUCCACUCUGACGCCGAACUCUGGGACGCACUCAGUCGGACUCUUCAUGACCCUCCCCGGAAGACUUUUCCUACCAAAGCCUUGGAGAGUCUGAAGAAGCGCCUACCUCCAUGCGAGCCGUAUGUUCUCACUCAUUGUGAUCUGAACAUGGGCAACAUCAUGGUCAAAGAUGGGGAGCUUGCCGGCAUUCUCGAUUGGGAGUAUGCGGCUUACUACCCGAUCUGGUAUGAAUAUGUCUCGGCUGCUUGGGGAUGGACUGAUAUGGACGCAGAAUGGAAGAAACUACUACGUCAACGGAUGGAUGUGCAUGAAGAUGCCAAGGAAUUUUGGACGGAUCUGUACAAUUUGAGGGAAUAUCCGAAGCUAGACAAGAAGGGCCAGGAGGUUUUGGAGAAGCUUUUGUCGGACUGACAGGAUCUGUUUGAUUCCUAUUGAGGGCUGCGUGUCGUUUUAAAGGGCAGUCUGCAUACGCAGGCCGGUGCCAUUUGCACACUAAUUGAUAGUUAAAUUCAUGAUGAUUUGCU